AUGUUUAACUUCACACCCUUGCUCGGUGCGCAAUCUGCGUCUCCAGCAUCUCAGUCACUGCUCGAGUUCGAUGGCGGUGUAAAGGUGCUGAUUGAUGUUGGCUGGGACGACAGCUUCGAUGUGGACAAGCUUAAAGAGAUUGAAAGACAUGUCCCUACGCUCUCCUUCAUUCUGCUCACUCAUGCAACCACCGCACAUCUCGGUGCAUACGUACACUGUUGCAAAAACAUCCCAGCCUUUACACGCAUACCCGUCUACGCAACGAUACCCGUCAUAUCACUUGGACGAACACUUCUUCAGGAUCUAUACGCCUCCACACCACUAGCAGCUUCCAUAAUCUCGAUCGAAUCCCUCAGCGAGUCGGCAUAUGCAUAUCCAUCUGCGUUUCCAGGUGGAGGUAACCCGAACAUACUGCUCCAAGCGCCUACGCAUGAUGAGAUCGCGAACUACUUCGGCCUCGUGAAUCCCCUCAAAUACUCGCAACCACGUCAGCCGCUCGCAUCGCCGAACUCACCCCCUCUUAAUGGCCUUACAAUCACCGCAUACAGCGCAGGUCAUACACUGGGAGGCACAAUAUGGCAUAUACAGCACGGCAUGGAGUCAGUCGUCUACGCGGUAGACUGGAAUCAGGCGAGAGAGCACGUGCUGUCUGGAGCUGCAUGGUUAGGCGGACCUGGCACAGGCGGAUCUGAAGUGUUGGAACAGCUGCGCCGUCCCACUGCUUUGAUUUGCAGUAGUAAGGGUUCAGGCAAGCACACGAACAUUAAGGGUAACCAAAGAGACGAGGCUCUUCUUUCUAUGAUUCGAGAUACGGUAGCGAAAGGGGGUUCAGUUCUGAUCCCUUCUGACUCUAGUGCUCGCAUACUCGAACUAUCAUACCUCCUCGAAGAAACAUGGCAGAACGAAGCUAGUAGAGCGGACAGUACUAGUCCAUUAAAGAACGCAAAAUUGUACCUUGCAAGCAGGACAGGUGGUGCGACGAUGCGCUACGUACGAAGCAUGGUUGAGUGGAUGGAUGAAGGCAUCGUGAAAGAAUUUGGAGCAGGUGGUGCGGCAGAUGGACAGGAACAGAGCAAGGGUCGCACGGGUGGCGGCAAGGAUGACAGAGGCGCAAGGCCGCCUUUUGACUUCAGGCACAUUACGUUGCUGGAGCGCAAAACACGUGUGACACGUAUGCUUGGCGACGCUGAACCACGCGUGAUACUGGCGAGCGACAGCUCCUUAGAAUGGGGCUUCUCUAAAGAUGCCAUCAAGAGCCUAGCAUCAGACGAGAAGAACCUGGUUGUCUUGACAGAACGUGUUGGAGAGCUCAAUGGGAAAGAGAAGGGCUUGGGAAGAUAUUUAUGGGAGACGUGGAACGAGCAAAACGCACAUAUCGAACAGGGCUCAUCGACGACGAUUGUCGAAUCUCCGGGCCCGACAUCUAUACGCGCACCUCGAGCAGUAGCCCUCGAGGGCGAUGAGGUGCCUCUUUAUCAGCAACAUUUAGCGAGACAACGGCAACUGCACAAUACCAUGGGCGGGGAUGCUACUACCAACAUGGAGACCGCCGAUGUAGUAGAUGACCGAUCAUCAACAACAUCAGAAAGCUCGGAAGACUCAGAAGAUAUGGUACAUCCACAUCAAGGAAAGGCUCUCAAUACAACAGCUACCCUUCGACAUGCUCGCAAUAAGAUUGAUCAGACCGAUGCUGAGAUGGGUGUCAACAUCCUUACCAGGCGAAAGAACGUAUAUGACUUCGAAGUCCAGGGCAAGAAAGGUACUGACAAGAUGUUCCCUGUUGUUACCAAGCGAAGGCGCGCGGAUGAUUUCGGAGACCUUAUUCGACCAGAAGAGUUUGCCCGUGCGGAAGAAGAGGACAAUGUGGCAGGCGAGCCUUCACGUGGUGAUGCAGCAAAGAAGGAGAAUGCAGUCGGUCAAAAGAGAAAGUGGGACGGUGUAGCAGAUGCGCCUGCCGAGCCAGAGAGCGAGCCAGAAGACGACCCGGACAAGAUCGAGGGGCCGGCAAAGGUCUUCGUCGGCUCAGAAACGCUCAACAUCAGGUGUCGUAUCACUUAUAUCGACUUCUCUGGUCUGCAUGACCGACGCACGAUCCAAACACUCAUACCGCUUAUCAAGCCGCGCAACCUCAUAUUCGUUGCAGGCGAGGAAUCAGAAACAAAAGACCUCGCCGAAGAGCUUCGGAAAACACUGUCUUCCAUCGAAGCAGGUAGUAACAUUGAUGUAUUUACGCCUGCAGUCGGGGUCUUGGUCGAUGCCAGCGUCGACACAAAUGCUUGGUCCGUCAAGCUCUCACGCAGUAUGAUACAAAACCUACGAUGGCAGAAGGUCCAUGGCUUGGGUGUUGUUGCUAUUACUGGACGACUGCAGGCUGCAAGUCUUGAACCAGUGCCCAAGGAAGAAGAGGACGAAGCUCCGGCCAAAAAGAGAGCGAGACUCGAAGCUACGCCGGCUGUUCCUGUGAGUCAGGAGGCAUCGGACGAUACGCCUGUUCUGGAUGUCAUACCAAUGAACAUGGCAACUGCUGUGCGUUCUGUGGCGCAGCCAUUCCAUGUCGGUGACCUGAGGCUUGCUGAUCUAAGGAAGCUCAUGAAGGCUUCUGGUAUGGAAGCUGAGUUCAGAGGAGAAGGUGUACUGGUUAUCAAUGGUACAGUUGCUGUAAGGAAGACGGCAGCAGGAGCUAUUGAGGUUGAUGGUGGAGCAUACAGUUUUGUAGAUCCCAGGAGCGGUGAUGCAGCUACGUUCUUCAAGGUCAAGAAGAAGAUCUAUGAGGGCUUGGCUGUCGUUGCUGGUAAUUAG